AUGAAUGAAACUGUCAAAUUUAACCCAAAAGAACUUUUAGAUGCUUUUAAAAAGGCGAAAGGCGGCGAAGAAGUUGUAAUUGACGAAUAUGUACGUGGUUAUGUACAGCUUACCCAUUUUUUUGAUCUUCUGGGGACCGUAUUUGGCUAUAUUAAUUCAGAUAUAAAUGAAAAAGUUGCCAUUUUGCAAUAUUAUCGUAGCGGAGAAAUUAGCGAAUUUUAUCGAACGGUGAAAUCGAUGAUGGAGUAUGAGAUUCCCAAGGACUUUUCUGUAAGUGCUGAACACCCUAGCGGCUCGAGGACUUUGUUGAGGCUCCACAGAGCUCUCGCGUUUGCGGGUUUGUUUAUGAAGCGCUUGGCCGAAGCAGGUUUAGAAGACAAAUCGUCAACCAUUGCUUAUGAUUCUUAUCACGAGACAUUGGCACAGUUUCACCCGUGGUUAAUACGUAAAGGUGUCGGGGUCGCUACAUACACGCUGGGGACGUGUGGAAAUCUCUUGGAAAAAUGUGGAAGCGAUUUACACAACGUCGAGGAAACGAAAGAAAUUUUAGCUGAAGUCGCCUUAGCGAUGGACGAAGUUUAUAAACAAACUGAAAGUCUGUAUACUCAAUUUGAUCUUCAUGGCCUACCGUAG